AUGCCACAACAAGAGAACAAUACUCCUUUGGAAGAAACAUGUGUCUUGCAAGUGCAAAAUAAAAUUCUGAAAUGUGCAUCUAAAGACAAAGGCAAUCAGUGGAGCCAAACGACUCAAGGGCCUUAUGGCUGUUCUGAAUUUAUAAAACAAUUUUCACGAAACUCCAAUCUUAACACCCACAAUAGAAUUCACACUGGGGAGAAACCCCAUUGCUGUUCUGAAUGUGGAAGAGGGUAUACAAGAAAGCAUCGUCUCGAUAGCCACAUGACAAUUCAUACUGGAACUCAGCCAUACGGCUGUGUAGAAUGUGGUAAACGAUUCGGUGACAGGAGAAAUCUUAACCAGCACAUGAGAACUCGCAAUGGGGAAUAUCCUCUCUGCUGUUCCGAGUGUGGUGUACGAUUCUCAACAAGGAGCCAUCUAUAUAAACACGAAAGAAUUCAUAAUGGAGGUAAACCCUAUUGUUGUGGUAAAUGUGGGAACGUAUUUUCAAAAAGAAAUGGACUUGAAACCCACAAAAUAGUUCAUACUGGGGAGAAACCGUAUUCCUGUUGUGAAUGUGGUAAACAAUUCUCAUUCAAGAGCAACUAA